AUGGGUGAUGAAAUGAGCGUCGAGCAGGAAGCGGAAGCGAUUCUCGAGGCGGAAACAAGCUUCGGGAUGCGUGUGUGGCAUCUGCUUUUCCUAUGCUGCGGUUCCGUGCUCGGUGUCGUCAUCAUACUCUGCUGCUGCAUACGCUUUCGGAUACCGCGCACUAAACAGGACAUUGAGGCGGAUUACCAUCGGAAGAAGCUGACUCGGAAGUUCCGUGAGCGAUUGGAUUGCAUGAACAACGCCGAUAUCGAUGAGAUGGAUCUCAUGAAAGCCCUCGAGCGUGUUCGGGAAAACUAUGUAGCGGAUCAAGAAAAACUCACCAGCAAAGAGGCGGCCGAAAACAAGGAUAAUCAAGCGAUUGUAACCGUUUGCGAUAAGGUCUGAAAAGGUAGAGGGCAGGGGUGAAAAUGAUAUUUCUUCUUACAUUCGAGGCGGUUGCAGUUGGAAUAGUAUUUAUCGUAUAAUUAAUCGUCCUGUUCUCAAUUUUUUUGAGAUACA